AUGUCAUUUACCCCUCCCCAGGCCCAUGAGACGAUCAACCGCCUCAUCCACAACCUCAUCAAUAUCAGAGACACGAGCGGCCAAUUCAUCCAUCACCUUGAAGAUGGGCGCAUUGUUGACACCAAAUCCUGGACUGGCUGGGACUGGACGCAUGGAAUCGGCCUCUAUGGAAUCUGGAAAUACUAUGAGAUGACAAAUGAUCAGAAAUAUCUUGCCAUUAUUGAGGACUGGUUCGCCGCGCGAUUCGCUGAAGGUGGCACGACAAAGAAUAUCAAUACCAUGUCGCCGUUCCUGACGUUGGCAUACGUCUACGAGCACACUGGGAACUCGGCCUAUCUUCCCUGGCUGGAUGCAUGGGCCGAAUGGGCAAUGCACGACCUUGAGCGUACCCGAUUCGGUGGCAUGCAGCAUAUCACAUACCUAACCGACAAUUACCAGCAGCUCUGGGAUGACACACUAAUGAUGACGGUCAUGCCGUUGGCUAAAAUCGGGAAGUUGCUGAAUCGGCCUGCAUAUAUCGCCGAGGCAAAGCGCCAAUUCCUUGUGCAUAUCAAAUAUCUUUUCGAUACUCGGACAGGGCUCUUCUUCCAUGGAUGGACAUUCGAAGAUGGAGGUCACAACUUUGCUCGAGCCCUUUGGGGUCGCGGCAAUAGCUGGAUUACCAUCGUUAUCCCUGAUUUCAUUGAACUACUGGACCUGGAACCCAGUGAUCCUAUCCGCAUCCAUUUGAUCGACACUCUCCUGGCACAGGUAGAGGCAUUGCAGCGUCUACAAACAAAAGAGGGGUACUGGCGUACGCUGCUGGACCAUGAAGAUUCAUACGCGGAGGCCUCCGCCACCGCCGGUUUCGGCUACGGCAUUCUCAAGGCUGUGAGGAAGCACUAUAUCAGCGACAAGUUCAGACCCGUAGCACAGAAGGCGAUUGCAGCGGUCUUUGGCGCAGUUGAUGAGCAAGGAGAACUCAGGAACACCAGCUUUGGUACAGCAAUCGGCGAUACCCUUGAGUUCUAUAAGAAUGUUCCCUUGACAGCCAUGCCAUACGGACAGUCCAUGGCUUGUCUGAGUUUGGUGGAGUAUCUGCUGGGGACAUUGUAG